UGAACGCGUGACGGUUUCACUCGGGCCUUGCUUUUUUGGAAGAAGCACCGCCAACAUGGACGAAGAGCUUAAACCUACGAUUAAUGUGGCCACACCGUUGUGGAGAGGGUCUCCGGCAGCCUCUUAUGUUGUAAGCGAGAGCCAAUCUUCGGUGGUAGUGCCGCCUGACCCCUCCUUCGAUCAGAGCGUUUUUGGCGAGGCGUCGAGUCAGAACAAGUUGCCUUCAGGCUCCACAAAAAUAACAGAGGGGUCUGCCCGUUCUAGUGGCAGCACCAGACCCCAAGCUACACGACUCUUAAAUGCAUCUUCGAAUAGGAUACUAAACAAAAUGGAGUUGCAGAUGGCAAGCGGGCCCAAAUGGAUGUGUAUCCGGCGUUUCACCCUUGCUUUGUUUUUCAUCGCUGUGAUCUGCUUUGCAGCAGCGGCCCUCGUGAUCGUCAUUCAAACCCCCGAGUGUAAGGUUGUUCCUAAACUGGGAUGGUGGCAAGAGGGACCAUUAUAUCGCAUUGCUCUUCAAUCGUUCCGCGAUACGACUGGGAAUGGAAUUGGAGACCUCCCAGUUUAUAGAACUUCUGAAAAAAUUGAAAGAAAUGGCUGGAAGAUACAGUACAAAAUCAAGAAAAAGUUUGAAGGACAUAUUGCAUCUAUGAUCUCUGAAAAACAACAAGGAACUUAUAUCAAAUUGUGUGCAGUACUUUUAUUAACAAUGCCUGGGACUCCAGUAUUUUAUUAUGGAGAUGAGAUUGCUCUCAAAGACUAUAAGGAAUCGAAAUAUCCUCUAAUGCGAUGGGACAAAUCUAAAUAUGCAGGAUUUGCAAACAGCGUUCCUUGGAUUUCACCAGCUUACACACCAGUAUACACACCAACUGUUAAUCAACAGUCUGAAGAUCCAUUAUCAACUUUGUCAUUUUACAGAACACUUGGAAAGAUGAGAAUUGAAGAACAACCCUUGCAGUAUGGUGACUUCAGCGUAAUGCUAAAUACAACAAAUAUCCUUGCAUAUGUAAGACAAUGGCAUGAGACAGGAAUUUUAGUUAUCUUGAAUUUUGGUGGUGCAGUUACUUAUGAUUUUACUGCAUUAAAUUUACCUCCAACUGCUGUUCUACUUGCAAAGUCUACAAAUUUAACCCAAUGUGAAUUAAUACAUUUGCAGACUAUGGUAAUUGAAGCAAACGUGGGAUAUGUACUAAGAUAUUUUAAAGUAGAGUAGUUCUUGAUCUAUGAUAAUUUUUAAGUGAAUAGAAUUAUAUGAACAGUAUGAUUUUGAAAAAGCAAGCACGCUGAUUGCUUUUCAUAUCCUAAUUGAAAAUGA